UCUCCGCGCACCAACAAUUUCUUCUAAGUGAAUAGCUCAUAAUAAAUUCUUUUACCUAUUUCUUUUUAUUCUAUUCUUUACUCUUCAAAGAAUAAAAUUUCCAAUGCAAGCAUCUACUGACAAGUCUGGUGUCUGUGCUGUUUGUAAAAGUCCUGCUGAUCUAAGAUGUACAGGAUGUAAGGAAGAAUUUUACUGCAACUCAACACACCAAAAGGAUGAUUGGUCUAGACAUAAGUUAUCAUGUCGUCCAUGGAAAAUUGAAGAAAAUGAGGAACUUGGCAAGCAUCUCAUAGCAACUAGAAAUCUUGAGGCAGGUGAUUUGAUCAUUACAGAAGCUCCAAUUAUCUGGGGGCCAGCUCUACACUCUGACAAACGUGUUUGCGUUGGAUGUGGAAAUCAAAAUGUUGCUGUCAGGUGUCCAGGAUGUUCUUGGUAUGCAUGCAAAGUAUCUUGCGAUGGUUUAGUGGAUGCUAAUCGACAUGCCAUUGAGUGUAAAAUUCUAGCUAAAGUUCGUAUCAUUCCUAGAUGUGAUAUUCUAUUACCUUUACGUAUGAUUUUAUUAAAAAAACGUUACCCUAGUCGAUGGGAAGCACUUUCUUCUCUUGAAAGUCAUGAAGACAAACGUGGACCGGGUACUGAAACUUAUGAAGAGACUCAAGAUAUUAUUCAACAACUUCAACCUAUUCUAGAAGCUUUCUCCAUGUCUCCAGACGUUCUUAAUAAAAUCUGCGGCCUGAUUGAUGUUAAUGCGUUGGAGACUAACCCUCCUGAAGGCUCUGCUGCUAUUUAUCAAAACGCUUGUCUCCUGGAACAUUCAUGUCUUGCUAAUACUCGUCAUAAUUUCGUACUUGACAACAAAAGUAGACCAAAAAUUAUUAUAAGAGCAGCACGACCAAUAAAAAAAGGAGAACACUUAAGUACCACGUAUACUCAUGUUCUCUGGACAACUCGAGCUCGUCGGGAGCAUCUUUUGGCUACUAAAUAUUUCUCUUGUCGUUGUAAACGUUGUCAAGAUCCUACGGAACUAAAUAGUCAUCUUGGAACUGUAAGAUGUCCUUGUGGUCCUGGUUUAAUUCUCCCAAAGGAUCCUCUCGACCUGGAUACCAAGUGGUCUUGUAAUUCAUGUCCUGGAGUACUAACGUCCGAUGAAGUUCUUCAACUAGUUGACAGAUUGGGUGAAGAAGUCGAAAAUGCAAUGUCAACUGCCAAAGAAUCAGUUCUCAGUGACUUACAUUCAAAACUGUCAGUACUUUUGCAUCCAGGACACCAACAUUGCAUUGCCGUCGCUCACUCACUUAUUCAACUACAGUCCCCUGACAACAUGAAAAAGCGUGAAUUGUGCGAGCGAAUCUUACAAACAACAUCAGUCCUAGAUCCUUAUGGCGCUCGACUUGCCUUAUAUACUGCAGUUGCUUUAAGAGAGUUUGCUUCAUGCCCUGGGGAAGAGAGAAAGCUUCAUUUAGAACGUGCGAUUGAUUUACUCAAACACGAACCUCAUCAAAGUCCUGGAGAUCAACUUAAAAGGCUUAUACAAGCUGAAUUAUAAUAAUAAAGUCAUGAAAUUUAUUAAAAAUUUAUUACAAAUAUUGUUGUAUUUAUGUUCAUCUUUAGCUAUUAAUUUUGUAGAUUUUAAUUGCAGAGAUGGCAUAUUAAUGAUAAAGAAUUGUAAGGACCUUGAAUAAUUUUUAACUUGCAUUCAAGUUUUAUUUAUUUUUUAUGUACUUUAACUGCUUCAUACAUAACUUAUUGAAAUAGUUUAAUUAAUCGAAUUAUUUAUUAUUAAAAUUUUAAAGAUUUUUCAAUUAAAAUUGAUUAAAAGCUUACAAAGAUGAAAUUAGUAAAGAUUUAUUGGAUGAGCUUACAAUAAAAAUUAGGGACUAUAAGGACCUCGAGGUACUUUGAUACUUGCAGAAAAGCUUCCCUCUUUUACUUCCUUAGACUCUUGACUCACUGGCAUUGAUUUAUUUCGUGCACAACAGAGAGAAUAAAUCCACGAAACCAACGACAGAGCUUCAUUCAAAAAUGCAUAUAAAAACGGAUGAACUGUUGCGUUUAAAAGUGAUAAAGACGUCAAAACAACUUGUAAAUGCCACCAAAAGUUACCAGACAAUGUGAUGUGUAAUUUAACUAGUAGAUAUAUCCACUGUGGUAAUCUACAAAAGCUAAAAAUACCAAUUAGCAUUAAAAUUACUUUCACAGUUCGACGUUUCCGAAUUAUAUGAAUUGGAGUUGGUGUUUUUUUCAUCCAAGUCACAGAUUUGAUUGUUGUAUUUGUAGAAGCUGCAAAGGAUAAUAAAUAAAAAUUAAUAAUUAAAAAAAAAA